AUGACUGAAACACGCUCUCAAACUGCUUUGAAAGAAUCGAUACUUGGUGAAAUCAAGGCUGCUCUUGGUCCACGUCUUGAAGAGAUGUUUUCACGUACUGAAAAUCUCGAGGUUCAUAUCGCUUUUGAAAAACUCAAACAAGCUUUAUGCGCAGCCCCUGUUUUAGCUCUGCCUUUGUUUGAUAAACCCUUUGUUGUUGAAACCGAUGCAUGUGGUCAAGGUAUAGGAGCUGUCUUGAUGCAGGAGGGUCAUCCCUUAGCCUACAUCAGUCGACAUUUGAAAGGAAAGCAACUACAUCUCUCCAUCUAUGAGAAAGAACUAUUGGCUGUGGUAUUUGUUGUGCAAAAGUGGAGACAUUAUUUAUUACAAGGUCAUUUCGUGAUUAAAACGGAUCAGCGGAGCUUAAAGUAUUUGUUAGAACAGAGGUUAAACACCCCUAUUCAACAACAAUGGUUACCAAAGUUGUUGGAGUUUGACUACGAGAUCCAAUAUAAGCAAGGCAACGAAAAUUUGGUCGCCGAUGCUUUAUCUCGAGUCGAAGGCGCUGAGGUUCUGCAUAUGGCUAUGUCUGUGCUGCAAAUUGAUUUGUUACAGGAAAUUCAAUCUUCUUACGAAUCUGAUCAGGUGCUCAAAGGGAUCAUCGCUGAUCUGAAGCAGAACCCUUCAGCUAAAAAAUAUUAUUCUUGGUCACAAGAGGUUUUGAGAAGAAAGAGUAAAAUAGUAGUUCCUGAGAAUGUUCCCUUGCGUGACAAGAUUCUUGAGUGGCUAUAUUGUUCCGGUGCUGGUGGUCACUCCGGCAGAGAUGCUACAUAUCAGCGGGUCAAAGGCUUAUUUUAUUGGAAAGGUAUGUCGAAGGACCUUCAAUCUUACAUCCGUAGUUGUAACAACUGCCAGCAGUGUAAGCAUGAUAACGCAGCUUCUCCGGGCCUGAUACAACCUCUACCCAUCCCGGAUACGAUCUGGACAGACAUAUCAAUGGACUUUAUUGAUGGUUUACCUCCAUCUUAUGGUAAAUCUGUCAUAUUUGUCGUGGUGGAUAGACUAAGCAAAGCUGCUCAUUUUAUGGCUCUCUCUCAUCCAUAUACGGCAGCAUCGGUGGCUCAAGCAUUUUUGGAUGAUGUUUUCAAGCUUCAUGGCUUCCCUCAAUCAAUCGUGAGUGAUCGGGACACCGUGUUUCUUAGUGAUUUUUGGAAAGAGUUGUUUAGUUUGCAAGGAGUAGCAUUGAAUCUCUCGAGUGCUUAUCAUCCCCAAAGUGAUGGUCAAACUGAAGUAGUCAAUAGGUGUUUGGAGACAUACUUACGGUGUAUGUGUAGUGAUAGACCACAUUUAUGGAGCAAAUGGCUUCCUCUUGCAGAGUAUUGGUACAAUACGAGUUUUCAUACAUCCAUCCAGAUGACUCCAUAUGAAGCUGUUUAUGGACAACCUCCUCCGCUACACUUGCCGUACCUUCCAGGAGAAUCGAAAGUUGCUGUUGUGGCUAAAUGUCUUCAAGAAAGAGAGAAUAUGAUAUUGCUCUUGAAAUUUCAUCUCUUAAGAGCACAACAUCGGAUGCGCCAAUUUGCAGAUCAACAUCGCACGGAUCGCAACUUUGAUAUCGGUGACUAUGUGUAUGUCAAGCUACAACCCUACCGACAACCACUCACAGACCGCCGAGUCAAAGGACAACCUUCCCAAUCCGAAUCACACCAUCCAUGUAACUACAAAUCACAAUCUGAUUUCAGAAGAAUACCUUGCCCAGGCGUCCCUCUCAAAUACCUCACAACUCUCAACGCAGCAUUCCAAUGA